AUGAUCGGACCCUACCGGUUCUCGUUGUGGAAUCCCGCAACGAAAGAGUUCAAGGAUCUGCCCCACUUCCUCACCGGACUCGAGCGCUCUCUGUUUACCUUGAAUUCCGAUUCUUGGGGAGGAACUAAGACCUACAACAACGGAUCUCCGUUUUUCGACGAUACGUUUCAUAAGUUGGGAACGUUUGCGAGCGGGAAGCCUCACUGGAUAAGUGAUAAGAAUAGAACGAUGUCCGAAUGGAAGAUUGUUUAUUUCGAUUUCAAUAGUGAGACUACCAGAGUUGUGGAGAAACCUAGUUGCGUCGAGAAGGAUUCUUAUAAUAUUCGUAAUCUAAGAUUGGGAGUUCUUGAUGAAUGUCUUUGUUUGUUUUGUGUCGGUACGAAUCGGUUCGAUAUCUGGGUUCGGAACAAGUACAGGGCGGAAGAUUCUUGGGAUAGAUUUUUAAAUGUUUCUUACGCAUCGAUUUAUUGCGAUCCUUUGUUAAGGAUCUCAUUGAAUCCGUCGCUCUUGACCCUAUUGCUUGUGUUGCCAAAUGGCGAGGUUUUGUUUGCUUACGUAUCGAACUUCCUGAUUUACAAUCAGGAAGACAAUCGGUUUAGGCAAUGUUGCAUAUAUGACGGUGAAAGUUUAAUCUCGCUCACUUCUACAUGA